UCUCAGAUGCGGAACAGGGAGACAGAGAGCAUAGCAGGCAUACAUAGGUAGAGGGGGCGGACGACUGUUGCCCUUCAUCACUUCAGCACAAUUUUAUACUGUUGCGGGCCGGUUGUAUUAUUUUAUCGAAUUGGACCGAGGUCACUGAACCGCUGUGAAAAUGGCGCAGCCAGACAGCAAGAAGAUAUUCUUUGAGAACCUGUCGGGAGCGGGGAAAGCUAUCGCAGUGCUGACGAGCGGAGGGGAUGCUCAAGGCAUGAAUGCUGCUGUACGUGCCGUGGUUCGAAUGGGGUUAUAUGUGGGAGCAAAAGUUUAUUUCAUUCAUGAGGGGUAUCAGGGUAUGGUGGACGGUGGAGACAACAUAAAAGAAGCCUCAUGGGAAAGUGUCUCCAGCAUGCUACAAGUGGGUGGGACUGUUAUCGGCAGUGCUCGCUGUAAAGAGUUUCGCACCCAUGAGGGACGUCUGAAGGCAGCUAACAACCUGGUGCAGUACGGCAUCACCAACCUGUGUGUUAUUGGUGGAGAUGGCAGUCUGACGGGAGCCAACCUCUUCAGGGAGGAAUGGAGUGGGCUGCUGGCGGAGCUGGUGGAGCAAGGCUUGAUCGAAACUGAUGCCAUUCAGAAGUAUUCCGCCCUUCACAUCGUGGGGAUGGUUGGCUCCAUUGACAAUGACUUCUGUGGAACUGACAUGACAAUCGGCACUGACUCCGCCCUGCACAGAAUCAUUGAAGUGGUGGACGCAAUUAUGACAACUGCACAGAGUCACCAGAGAACAUUUGUGUUAGAGGUCAUGGGCAGACACUGCGGCUACCUGGCCUUGGUGAGCGCCCUGGCUUGCGGGGCAGACUGGGUGUUAAUUCCUGAGAUGCCCCCAGAGGACGGCUGGGAGGAUAAGAUGUGUCAAAAACUGUCGGCGAACCGGGCAGGGAUGAAAAGGCUGAAUAUCAUAAUUGUAGCCGAAGGGGCGAUUGAUCGUAACAACAUGCCCAUUACCACUGACUAUAUCAAGAAUCUUGUUGUCAAAUGCUUGGGUUUCGACACGCGAGUCACAAUCCUGGGACAUGUGCAAAGAGGAGGAACCCCUUCUGCUUUUGACCGUAUCCUGGCCAGUCGUAUGGGUGUGGAGGCAGUUCUCGCCCUUCUGGAGACCACAGCCAACACGCCAGCCUGUGUGGUCUCUCUGUGCGGCAACCAAUCGGUGCGCCUGCCUCUGAUGGAGUGCGUACAGAUGACUCAAGAGGUCCAGAAGGCCAUGGAUGAGAAACGGUUUGAGGAGGCAGUCAAGCUUCGGGGCAGGAGUUUUGAAAACAACCUGAAGACAUACAAACUGCUGGCUCAUCGUAAACCAGAAUCCGAACUGCCAACUAGCAACUUCAAUGUGGCAGUGUUGAAUGUCGGUGCCCCGGCAGCAGGCAUGAAUGCUGCCGUCCGUUCGGCGGUCAGGGUGGGCAUCUCCGAAGGGCACAAGAUGUUUGCCGUCAGUGAUGGCUUUGAGGGUUUCUACAAAGGACAGAUUAAGGAGAUUAAAUGGGCUGAUGUGGGAGGAUGGACGGGACAAGGUGGAUCUCUGUUGGGAACCAAAAGAACGCUUCCUGCAAAGCAUGUUGAUAAAAUUGCUGAGCAGAUGCGAAAGCACAACAUUAAUGCACUGCUUAUUGUCGGUGGAUUUGAGGCCUUGCUGUCACUGCUGGAAUUGUUAACGGCGCGCGGGAAAUAUGACGAGUUCUGUGUACCCAUGGUCAUGGUCCCAGCCACUGUCUCCAACAAUGUGCCGGGCUCAGACCUCAGCAUUGGCGCUGACACGGCUCUGAACGCCAUCACUACUGCGUUUGAGAGUCUGCUGCAACUGUAUGAGGCUCGCACUACCUAUGAGGAGCUUUGCAUCCCGAUGUGUAUGCUGCCUGCCACCAUAAGUAACAAUGUGCCGGGCACAGAUCUAAGUAUCGGGGCAGAUACGGCCCUCAAUGCCAUCGUGGAGACUUGUGACCGCAUCAAGCAGUCGGCCAGUGGGACCAAGAGACGCGUGUUCAUCAUUGAGACCAUGGGAGGCUACUGUGGCUACCUGGCCAGUGUAGGAGGCCUGGCUGCAGGAGCUGACGCUGCCUACAUCUAUGAGGAGCCGUUUGACAUCAGAGACCUGCAGGCCAAUGUUGAACAUUUGACAGAGAAAAUGAAGACCAGCAUUCAAAGAGGACUCGUCCUCAGGAAUGAGAACUGUAAUGAGAACUACACAACUGACUUUAUCUACCAGCUGUACUCUGAAGAAGGGAAGGGAGUGUUUGACUCCAGAAAGAAUGUGCUAGGACACAUGCAGCAGGGAGGAGCACCAUCUCCGUUUGACCGUAACUUUGGGACCAAGAUCUCUGCCAAGGCGAUGCAGUGGGUCACCAAAAAGCUGGUGGAGACGUUCAGACAGGGCCGAGUGUUUGCUAACACCGAGGACUCCUGCUGUCUGCUGGGGAUGCGGCGCAGGGCUCUGGUCUUCCAGCCCGUUGUACAACUCAAGGAUGAGACGGACUUUGUUCACAGGAUCCCGAAGGAGCAGUGGUGGUUGAAGCUGCGUCCUCUGAUGAAGAUCCUGGCUAAGUACAAGACGAGCUACGACGUCUCAGACUCCGGACAGCUGGAGCACGUCGUACGCAACCGGCCUAAAGAGUCGGACGCUUCAGUAGCCAUGUGAAGGCCAGUGCGUACGGUGGCCUGCAAAGUCUGUGUGUAAGACUGAGAGUCUGUGAGGCGUCGGUACGUGUGAUGUAAGAGCUUCAGUAACGUCAACAACCGUCUCCGUUUGGCCUCAUUUAUUUCCUGUCUGUGUCAUUUCCUUCAAUGUCACUCCACUCUGUUCUGCCUUGACAAACUCAUGAACUGUAACUUAGCCUCUGCAGUGUUUCUAAUAUCAAACACACACAUACUCUGCGCACACAUACACACAGCUGUCCUGCCAUGCCUCAGUGUGUCCUCGUUGCCCUGGAUGUUUUAGUGUCACCGUUGUUUUCAAAUUGCACUUUCUCUGUCUGCAGUUGCUUAGGCAGGCUCUGAGCCCAGAGCUGCACGAGGACAGAAUAGACAUUGCAUCUGUUGUGAAAACCAGUGUGUAUAUCUGCCUAGAACCAGUGUGAGGUUCAGCAUAUUUAUGUGAGACUGAUGCAAUACAGUUCUACUGCUGCAAGUAAAGAGAACUGCGUGCUGUGCUUUACACUGAAACUAAUAUUUAUCUUUUUAACAUUGUUUAUUUCGCUUGUAAACAUGGAUAUAUUAACUGUAGGCACUGCUGUACUGAGUAGCUGUCUGUCAUAUUGCACCAACAAGUUAGAUGUGUAAGAGACUAAUGUUUCCCACAGAAUAAAAUUCAGACUUGAGAAGUGUACCCUA